AUGCUUAACCGUCCCACUCUUGACCACAUCAGGAAAGGUCAGCACAUUCAAGCUUUCUGGGGUAUCUCGCUUAACAAAAGAAUCACAGCAGACAUUAUGCCACCCAAACUAUCCAAAAGCGCUAGACAAGAUCUCAUUCUGACUCACCUGCGCGCCACUGGCACCUGUCACACGCUCAAGGAUCUCGAGAAGAUAUUACCCUCGGUGGCUUCGAUCAAUGGGAUCCAAGUCAAGGAGUACAUCCAGGCGCUAACGGACGAGAAUCAGCUACGAGUCGAAGAGAUCGGCAGUGGGAACUGGUACUGGAGCUUCACCAGCGACGAAAAACACGAACAAGAGCGCCAGUUGGCCCGGGUGAGUGCGGAAGUGGAGAAACUUCGGAAAUCCUGCACCCAAGUGAUGGCGGCGCUGGCCGAAGAAACAGCCCGUCGCGAAAGAGAACCCGAAGAUGAGGAGGAGCAGAAAGCCCUCAUGCUCCAGAAGGCCAGACUCCAGACGGCGGUGGAUCGGGUACGCAUGACAGAAGCCCAACUCACCGGGACCCGGGAUUCGCUCAACAAGGGCGUCAAGCAAGUCCAGGCAGAGUUAGCGGGGUUUCGGGAGGAUGCACUGCAGUGGACGGACAACAUCUACGUGCUAGAAGAGUACUUGCGCAAACUAGGAGACCAACAAUUGGUUGAGGCAGUGCUGCGAGAAUGCUAUGGAGACGAAUACGUGGACGGGGAGGGCCUACGAGAACUAUGA